CUUCUGUCGAAUUGUAAGUAAACUAAAUACAUUAAACGUUUUAAAGUCUAAUUGGUUUGGGCGAUUUAAAUGGGAAUUGGAAAUUUUAUUUCGGCUAUUUAGUCGUUAAAUACAUCCCAUUGUGUGCAUAUUUAUUGUAAUAGGCAAUUUAUUUAGUUAAUAUCGCAUAAAUAAUUAAAUUUCGACACGCUUACGUCCAUUGCGAAUUGUUCAUGCGGAAAAAGUGCGCCUAAUAUGAAAUUUAAAAUCGCCGGAUUUUUCGUCGCUUUCCUUUUGAUUGCCUUGGCGGAUGCCGAUUUGUUGAAACGAUUGGUAAAAAAAUUGCUCAAUUUCGCCCAAUGGUAUCGAUUAAAUCACAUCGAUAAAAAUCCUAAAAUCAACGAGCAGGCUUCAAAUUUUCUGGAGUAUAUAGAAGAUCAUCCUAAGGACGGCUUGUAUCCUAUGGGGUAUCCACACAUGAAUCCUUAUUGGCCGUUUUUGUAUCCUUAUGCACAAAUGGAACCAUACAGGGGAAUUGGAAUGUAUCCAGGAAUGGGUUAUGGAUACCACUACAGUCCCUACGGGCAAUAUCCUGAUAUGCAAGGAAAUUGGAGGAACAAAAGGCAGAGGAAGAAUAAAAAAUAUAGGAAAAAAUUGUUGAUUUGAUUGUAUCCGAAUUUUAGGAAACUUUAUUAGGUGAACUCUAAAUAAAUAA